CGGGGGGAGGCGGGGGAGCGCGAAGGGGCCUGCAGUGCAUUCUGGGCAAGUCUCGGCGCUCUCGUCUUUGUUUCCGGCCUUAGAGCAGCGUUUGGUUUCCCAAAAGCUCCUCCGAGGCGCCGCGGUUCCCGGGUUCCCGGCUCCCCACAGAGGCGCACAUACUUCCUCCCUCGGUUUUCGGCUGGCGCUGGGGUCCUGCCGACGCCGCCAGCAUGUCUGGGGUGCGCGCUGUGCGGAUCAGCAUUGAGUCUGCCUGCGAGAAGCAGGUCCAGGAGGUGGGCCUGGAUGGCACUGAGACGUACCUGCAGCCGCUGUCCAUGUCACAGAAUCUGGCGCGUCUGGCCCAGCGGAUCGACUUCAGCCAGGGUUCGGGCUCCGAGGAGGAGGAGGCGGCGGGGGCAGAUGGCGACGCGCAGGACUGGGCGGGCGCCGGGUCCAGCGCGGACCAGGACGACGAGGAAGGGUUGGUGAAAUUUCAACCUUCCCUUUGGCCUUGGGAUUCAGUGAGGAACAAUUUGAGAGGUGCCCUGACAGAGAUGUGUGUUCUCUAUGAUGUUCUCAGUAUUGUUAGGGAUAAAAAAUUUAUGACUCUUGAUCCCGUCUCUCAGGAUGCACUUCCUCCAAAACAGAAUCCUCAGACGUUGCAGUUGAUAUCUAAAAAGAAGUCACUUGCCGGAGCAGCACAAAUCCUACUGAAGGGGGCAGAAAGACUGACUAAAUCAGUCACUGAAAACCAAGAAAAUAAGCUACAAAGAGACUUCAACUCUGAGCUUUUGAGACUCAGGCAACACUGGAAACUUAGAAAAGUUGGAGAUAAAAUUCUUGGAGAUCUGAGCUACAGAAGUGCAGGAUCUCUGUUUCCCCAUCAUGGUACAUUUGAAGUAAUAAAGAAUACAGAUAUUGAUCUGGACAAGAAAAUACCUGAAGAUUACUGUCCCCUUGAUGUCCAGAUUCCUAGUGAUUUAGAGGGCUCUGCAUAUAUCAAGGUUUCAAUUCAAAAACAGGCUCCAGACAUCGGUGAUCUUGGCACAGUUAACCUCUUCAAACGACCUUUGCCUAAAUCCAAACCAGGUUCCCCACAUUGGCAGACGAAAUUAGAAGCAGCACAAAAUGUUCUCUUAUGUAAAGAAAUUUUUGCACAGCUCUCUCGGGAAGCUGUUCAAAUUAAAUCACAGAUCCCUCACAUUGUGGUGAAAAACCAGAUUAUCUCUCAGCCCUUUCCAAGCUUGCAGUUAUCUAUUUCUUUGUGCCAUUCUUCAAAUGAUAAGAAAUCCCAGAAAUCUGCUACUGAGAAGCAAAGUCCAGAGGACCAUCUUUAUGUCCUAGAGCAUAAUUUGCAUCUACUGAUUAGAGAGUUUCAUAAACAGACCUUGAGUUCCAUCAUGAUGCCGCAUCCAGCAAGUGCACCUUUCGGCCACAAGAGAAUGAGACUUUCGGGUCCUCAAGCUUUUGAUAAAAAUGAAAUUAAUUCAAUACAGUCAAGUGAAGGGCUCCUGGAAAAAAUAAUUAAACAAGCAAAGCAUAUAUUUCUGAGGAGUAGAACUGCUGCAACCAUUGACAGCUUAGCAAGUCGCAUUGAAGAUCCUCAGAUACAGGCUCAUUGGUCAAAUAUUAAUGAUGUUUAUGAAUCUAGUGUGAAAGUCUUAAUCACAUCACAAGGCUAUGAACAAAUAUGCAAGUCCAUUCAGCUGCAAUUGAAUAUUGGAGUUGAGCAGAUCCGAGUCGUACACAGAGAUGGAAGAGUAAUUACUCUGUCUCAUCAGGAGCAGGAGCUGCAGGAUUUCCUUCUGUCUCAGAUGUCACAGCAUCAGGUGCAUGCAGUUCAGCAGCUAGCCAAGGUUAUGGGCUGGCAGGUCCUGAGCUUCAGUAAUCACGUGGGACUUGGGCCCAUAGAGAGCAUUGGCAAUGCCUCUGCCAUAACGGUGGCCUCCCCGAAUGGUGACUAUGCCAUUUCAGUUCGUAAUGGCCCUGAAAGUGGCAGCAAGAUUAUGGUUCAGUUUCCCCGUAACCAGUGUAAAGACCUUCCAAAAAGUGAUGUUUUACAAGAUAGCAAAUGGAAUCAUCUUCGUGGACCCUUCAAAGAAGUUCAGUGGAAUAAAAUGGAAGGCCGGAACUUUGUUUACAAAAUGGAGCUGCUUAUGUCUGCACUUAGCCCUUGUCUACUAUGAUUUUCUUCCAGGCCAGUUUCCAGAUAUUUUUUUCCAGAGAAGUUUCCAGAAACUUUGAGAAAUGUUUCAGAUCAACUAUAAGCACAAGGAAGAGGAAUCUUCCAAAGGAGUAUUGUUUUCAAAAAGUCAUAAUUAGCAAAUGUUUACCUAGCAUUUUGAAAACUUUCACUUUAUAAGUGACAACUGCUUUGAAAUGCAAAAGUUUGUGUACAGUUUAUGGAGAGAUGUAAAUACUUUUUUUUUUAAUGCAGUUAACUUGAACUGUUACUAACUUAUGGAUUUGAAUUUGCUUUUUAAAAUAUUCCUUUGAUGUUGACAUCAAAUAAAGCAUAUGGUUAAAAAUUCCAGACACU